CUUCCACAAGUAUACGAGAGAAGUUAGGUUUUCGUCUUCUUCAAGCUCACCUCCACCAUUUCUCUGCUCUUCUUGUUGUAUAGAGUUCGAAUUGCGCAGUGAAAUGACUCAGAAGACAUAGAUUGUGAAUGCGUAGAUCCAUUGCGACUGGGUUUGCGUCGAUAGUGAAGGGAUUUCAUCUUCAUAGUCAUAGACAUCGUCUACAGAUAAGUAACCCUAGAACUGCUGCUUCCUUAAGCCUUUGUGGUUUCUGUUUCUGGAUUCGAGCUUUUUCUAGUUACCGAAAGAUUUUGAGAAACGGUCUUCACAAUCUUCAGUUUAAUGAUGCUCUUGAUUUGUUCACUCGUAUGGUUCACUCUCGUCCCCUUCCUUCAAUUAUCGAUUUCACUAGAUUAUUGAGUGUUAUUGCAAAGAUGAAUAGAUAUGAUGUUGUGAUUUCUCUCUUUGAGCAAAUGCAAAUCCUGGGGAUUCCACCUCUUCUUUGUACUUGCAAUAUCGUUAUGCAUUGUGUUUGUCUAUCUUCUCAGCCUUGUCGUGCUUCGUGCUUUCUUGGGAAGAUGAUGAAACUUGGUUUUGAGCCUGACUUAGUCACGUUUACUUCUCUGCUUAAUGGUUACUGUCAUUGGAAUAGAAUUGAGGAUGCUAUAGCUCUGUUUGAUCAGAUUUUGGGAAUGGGAUUUAAACCUAAUGUUGUGACAUACACCACAUUGAUUCGCUGUCUUUGUAAAAACCGACAUUUGAAUCACGCGGUGGAGCUUUUUAACCAGAUGGGGACUAAUGGGAGUAGACCGAAUGUUGUUACCUACAACGCUCUUGUUACCGGUCUUUGCGAGAUUGGUAGAUGGGGUGAUGCUGCUUGGCUUCUGAGGGAUAUGAUGAAGAGGAGAAUUGAACCUAAUGUAAUCACUUUCACUGCGUUGAUCGAUGCGUUUGUGAAAGUGGGGAAGCUUAUGGAGGCUAAAGAACUGUACAAUGUGAUGAUCCAAAUGUCUGUGUAUCCUGAUGUUUUCACUUACGGUUCACUGAUCAAUGGGCUUUGCAUGUAUGGUCUCUUAGAUGAGGCUAGGCAAAUGUUUUAUUUGAUGGAAAGGAAUGGUUGCUACCCGAAUGAAGUGAUUUAUACUACUCUCAUACAUGGAUUUUGCAAGUCUAAAAGGGUAGAGGACGGGAUGAAAAUCUUCUAUGAGAUGUCGCAGAAAGGAGUAGUUGCAAACACAAUCACUUACACCGUUCUUAUCCAGGGUUAUUGUCUAGUGGGCAGACCUGAUGUUGCCCAAGAAGUUUUCAAUCAGAUGAGUUCUCGUCGUGCGCCUCCAGAUAUUAGGACAUACAACGUUUUGUUAGAUGGUCUUUGUUGUAAUGGGAAAGUAGAGAAGGCAUUGAUGAUAUUCGAAUACAUGCGGAAGAGAGAGAUGGAUAUUAAUAUUGUUACAUAUACCAUCAUUAUUCAAGGGAUGUGCAAGCUUGGUAAGGUGGAAGAUGCUUUUGAUUUAUUUUGUAGCCUUUUCUCCAAAGGAAUGAAGCCUAAUGUUAUAACCUACACCACAAUGAUAUCGGGAUUUUGUAGGCGAGGCUUAAUUCAUGAAGCUGAUUCGCUGUUUAAGAAAAUGAAAGAAGAUGGGUUCUUACCAAAUGAAAGUGUGUACAAGUAG